GGCACUCUAACAGGGAACUCGCAACACCUUCUUUGUUUAUGCUGUGAUUACAAUCGUAUGCAUAUAAUCCUGCCUUCCAACAACACCACUCGUGACGCGCCCUUCACCUUACUGGUUCUAAUGUUUUUGUUUACUUAACACGGCCGUGAACCCAACACUCCGCUAGCAUGUAGUGAUCUAUGCUGGGUUGCCAUUGUACCCUUGGCCUUGGAGAAGGACGUGGAGUACCUGCUGCAGCAUCGUUACACUAUUGUUAACUUGCGUCAUUAGAGAAGGCAGCUAAUGGAUUCAACAUCGACGACAUCCAUGUUGCUGGAUAGCACCAGGCCGGGACGAGGUGGCAGCGUUUGCACGGACACAGAUGUGGCUAGUGACACUACUAGUGACAUAACAUCCGCGUCUGGCCUUAACCAUGGAUCGCUUGCUGACUACCAGCUCGACCGGCUGCUGGGACGCGGGAAGUACUCCCAGGUGUACCUGGCGAGGGAGAUUCAAACUGGGCAGCUGGUAGCAAUAAAGCGGGUCGAGAUCUUUGACAUGAUGGACCAGGCCAGCCGGCAGGCGUGCGUGAAGGAGGUGAAGAUCCUUCAGAACGUGGAGCACCCCAACAUCGUCAAGUGCUUCCGCUCCUUCCUGUCGGAGGCGGACAACGAGCUGGUGAUCGUGCUGGAGUGGGCGGAGGCGGGUGACCUGGGGCAGCUCAUCAAGCAGCGCGCGGAGGCGGGGCAGCUCUUCGCCGCGGAGCAGGUGUGGAGGCAGUUCCAGCAGGUCUGCAACGCGCUGAAGCACAUGCACGACCGGCGCAUGAUGCACCGCGACCUGAAGCCCUCCAACAUCUUCGUGACGGCCUCGGGCGACCUGAAGCUGGGGGACCUGGGCCUCAGCCGGUACUUCAGCAGCAGGACACUGCAGGCGCAAACGACCGUGGGGACACCCUACUACAUGUCGCCGGAGGUGGUCCGCGGUCAGCCGUACGACUUCAGCUCGGACAUCUGGAGCCUGGGGUGCCUGCUGUACGAGCUGAUCGCGCUGCGGAACCCCUUUUACAAGGAGAACCAGAGCCUCUACGCGCUGGGCAAGUGCAUCCAGAGCUGCCAGUACGAGCCGCUGCCCGACUCGGUUCCCGAGGAGCUGCGGCAGCUGGUGACUCGCAUGCUGCAGCCGCUGCCGCACGCGCGCCCCAGCAUCGCCCAGGUGACCGACUACGUGAACAGCUACAUGGCGCAACAGCACCCCAACAGCAACAACGCGCAGCAGCAACAGCAGCAGCAGUACCUGUACCAGCAGCAGCAACACUUUUUCUCGCAUGCGUUUUCCCAACCGCC